AUGGUGACCCUCCUGUCGCCCUCCUUCCUGUCGUGCCUGGCUGGUGACCCUCGGCAGUCCUCCGUGGAGCAGGGGCCUUGCUGUCCUCUCAAGAACGGAGCCUUGCGGACGAACGCUGAGGAGAGUGGGAGUCUGGCGGAAGGCGCUAGGGCAGAGUCUCCACUGGCCCCCAAGGUGAGACAUCUGUACAUUUGUGAUUUUCACAAGAACUUCAUUCAAAGUGUCCGAAACAAAAGAAAGAGGAAGACAAGUGAUGAUGGAGGUGACUCUCCUGAGCAUGAAACAGAUGUCCCGGAGGUUGACUUGUUCCAGCUCCAAGUGAACACUCUGCGACGUUACAAGAGACAUUAUAAGUUGCAGACUAGGCCUGGACUCAACAAGGCUCAGCUAGCCGAAACUGUCAGUCGUCACUUCAGGAAUAUUCCCGUGAAUGAGAAAGAGACGCUUGCGUAUUUCAUCUAUAUGGUGAAGAACAACAAGAGCAGGCUGGACCAGAAAUCAGAAGGUAGCAAGCAACUAGAAUGA